AUGGCGGAGAUUUCAGUGGAGUUCUUGAUUAAUAAGGUAACUUCAAUCAUCCAUAAAGAGGCUGCCUUGUUAUCAGGAGUCCAGGAUGAGUUCAACGCAAUCAAGUUUGAAUUAGAGACUCUGAGAACCUUAGCACGGGAUGCAGAUCAAAGGAGUGGGCUUGAGGAAGGAGUGAGAAGUUGGGUGGCUCAGGUCAGGGAAGCAGUUCAUGAAGUGGAAGACAUAAUUGACGAAUUCAUGUAUUGCAUGCACAGCCAAUCUAAUGGUGGAAGAUUCAAGCGUCUAGUCUUUAAACCCAUGGAUCUCUCCAAAAUUAUUAUAGCAAAGCGUCAGACUGCAGCAAAAUUACAUGCAGUGAUCACCAAAAUGAGUGAGAUUUCAGAGAGAAGCGAGCGCUACUGUAUCAGAAGCAUAGAAGGGACAUGCCUUUAUGAUGCCCACGUGAAGCUGCAGCACCAUGGAGACUCAUCUCGCUCUGUGAAAGAUGACGAUGUGGUGGGAAUUGAGAAAAACAAAAAUCUGAUACUGUCAUGGCUUAAGGACAGAGAACUAGAUCGUAAAGUGAUUGUGGUAGUUGGAAUGGGGGGUUUGGGGAAGACUACUUUGGUCGCCAAGGUUUUCAGCAGCCCAACAGCCAGAAGACAUUUCGACUGCAUCGCUUGGGUGACUGUCUCCAAGAUUUAUGUGAUCGAUGAUAUACUCAGGAGAAUAGUAAAAGAUCUUUUUAAGGGAAAGAAGGAACUGUUUCCUGCAUACUUGAGCUCAAUGGAUUACAGACGGCUAGUGGACUUUCUGAUCGACUUUCUGGAGCAGAAAAGGUACUUCAUUGUCCUAGAUGAUGUUUGGACUCUUAAUCUUUGGAAGGAAAUAUUUGAUGCUUUCCCAAGUAGAAAACAUGGAAGUAGAAUCGUGAUAACAACUCGGAAAAUGGACAUAGCUUCAUCCUCAUAUGGAGUUAGAAGUCAUGUUCUUCCUCUUCAGCCUCUAGAUGACAAAGAUUCAUGGGCUCUCUUCUGUAAAAUUGCAUUCUCAUGCUAUCCCCACAGAUUUUGUCCCCCACAUCUUGAGCCCGUGGCCCCAGUACUUGUGGGAAAGUGUGGAGGCCUACCACUUGCAAUCACAUCUAUGGCUGGCCUCAUGUCCUUCAAGGGUUCCACAGAACCAGAAUGGCUGAAAGUCCAUGACAGCUUGGGUUGGGGGAUUAACAACAAUGGUUUGCUUGGAAUUGACAGUAUACUGUUUUACUGCUUCAGUAGCUUACCCUAUGGCCUGAAGCUCUGUUUGUUGUAUUGCUGUCUUUUUCCGGAGGAUUAUUUAAUUCGAAGGAAGAGGAUUAUCAGGCUGUGGAUAGCAGAGGGGUUUGUAAAAGAAACAGGAGGAAAGGCUAUGGAGGAGGUAGCAGAAGCUUACCUUACAGAGCUCAUUUCCAGGAACUUGCUUCAAGUUGCUUCCAGGAAUUCAUUUGGUAUGGUGAAGGAAUGUAGGUUGCAUAAUAUUCUGCGCGAUGUGCUCCUUUCCAUAGCAGAAAGGGAGAAUUUCUGUGUCAUCUAUGAUGGAAUAGAAGCAAGGGAAGUGGGUAGUGCUCGUCGCUUGUCCUUGCACAAGAUUGAUAGGCAAAUUGAAUCAUGCACCACAACUGCCAUGUCCAAUCUUCGCUCUUUCUUUCUGUUUCCUGCUAAGAGGUCCUCUGCAUCUCGUCUGAGUGGUUUGCAAUUUGGGUUUAGACUAUUAAGGGUUCUUGAUCUGCAGGGAAUCCCAAUCGAGAGAAUACCAGAUGCAGUCGUUGAUUUAUUUAACUUGAGAUACUUGAGCUUGAGGGAAACUAUGGUUGCAGAGAUACCCAGAUCAUUGGGAAGACUUCAGAACCUACAAACUCUGGAUAUUAGAGAUACCAAGGUGACAGAGCUUCCAAAUGAGUUAGUACAGUCACAGAGCUUGCGCCAUUUGAUUACUUAUCGUCGCACGCUCAGUUGGGCAGCUUUUCGAUAUGUAGAUGGCAUGCGAGUUCCAUCAGACAUAUGGAAGAUGAAAGAGCUGCGAGUCCUGGAAUGCGUUGAAGCAGAAGGUGACAUGAUCAAGCAACUUGGGAACAUGACGCAGCUUACAAGGAUUGGGCUAACAAAGUUGGCUGAGGAUGAUGGAAGAGAUCUCUGCUCCUCACUACAGAGUCUGCAACUUCUUUACUACUUGUUUUUAAUGGCAGAAAACGAGGAUGAAUCGCUUGAACUGGAUUCCCUAUGGACUCCUCCUCCCCUUCUCCGAGUGCUCAUUCUGGUUGGAAAACUGAAUAAUAUGCCACACUGGUUUCGUUCCCUGGAUAACCUUACAAGCUUGUAUCUUCACUGGUCACAACUAAGAGAAGAUAAUCUCCCUUACAUCCAUACCUUACCCAAUUUGGGGUGUCUCACACUUGCUAAUGCAUUUAAUGGGCACAGGCUGUUCUUUCAUGCUGGAGGGUUCCUCAAGUUGAAGACACUACGCUUAUGGAAUUUAUCGCAACUGCGUCUUAUAAAGAUAGAGAAAGGAGCAAUGCCCAGUAUCCAGGAGCUGGAUCUACGGAUUCUGAAGAAGCUGGAGAGGCUUCCCCAAGGUAUUGAACACCUUAUCAACCUGAAAAUAUUAACCCUGAUGGAUGUACACAAGAAAAUUGUAGAAAGUUUGUAUGAUGACAAUAGCAUGGAUCGUCCCAGUGUUCAACAUGUUCCAGAGAUCAUUUACUAUCAUACAACAAAAUCUGGAUUGUUGAACUCUGAAAAUCUAUCAUGA